AUGAGCCUUCCCGGAAACUACCGGCCGGAAAGUUACCGGCCGCAGGAGACUUACCGGCCACAGGAGGCGCUUUCGCCGGCGCGGAACGACGGGCCGGCUAUUGGGUGGGUGGCCCGGCCGCGGGGGGCGAGGGGGAGUUUGGACGGGGGAAGCGGAGGAGGUGCGGGCGGAGCGGAAAGGCGUGCGCGGGGUGUUGCAAGCAGCGGUGAAGGAAGGGGAAGGAUGUAUGGCGGAAGCGCAAGCGCAAGCACGGAAGGGAGGUUCGGAUUCGGCGCAGGCGGAGGGGAGAUCCGCGGAGGGUUUUCCGCGGAAGGGAGGAGCGCGUAUUACCCCGACGCGAAGGCAGGGGCGUACGGCGCUGGGGGAGCAUAUGGCGCAGCAGGGGAAGGCAUCGGCGCGGGGGUCAGCGCGGGGUUCAGCGCGGGCGGCGGAAGCAGCGGAAUUAGCGGAGGGGCGGAGUUCAGCAGCAGUGCGCUGAUUGGUGCUGCGCAUGGGCCGCAGCCUGUGACUGUAGCGGUGAACAUUCGACCGCUUAUAUCGAGGGAGCUUACAACGAGGUGUAUGGAGUGCGUCACUGUUCCCCCUGGAGGCGCGCCGCAGGUCCGGGUGCUACCGGAUUGGCUAUUCACGUACGAGUAUGUGUAUGGGGGCGGCGGCGGACGCCCCAUGUCGUCUGCUCCCAUACCCUUACACAUUUCGCCUCUGGCCCCUCUUCCCCUCCCCGCCCCUUCCCGUUACUCCCGCUCAUCACAGGUCCGGGUGCUACCGGAUUGGCUAUUCACGUACGACCAUGUGUACGGGGGCGGCGGCGGUCGCCCCAUGUCGUAUCUGUUUGGCGACUGCAUCGAGCCGCUCGUGCUGGGGCUGUUCGAGGGGUAUAACGCUACGGUGUUUGCUUACGGGCAGACCGGGUCAGGGAAAACCUAUACCAUGGGCACGGCAGUGCAGGGCGGCAUGUACGGGGACGUGGACGGCAGCGGGCCGUCCGCAGUGGAGAAGGAGGGCGGCGUGACUCGGCGCGUAGUGGACACGCUGUUCACGCGCGUGGAGCAGCUGAGUGGCUUGGCGCGCUUCCAGAUCCGAGUGGCGCUCAUAGAGAUCCACAAGGACGACAUUCGAGACCUGCUGGAGCUCACCAGUCUGGGGGCAGGCGGAGGGGCGAGCAUGUACCCGCACUCUGCUGUCUCGCGAGCCAUCAUGAGCACCGGGCCGAGCCGGCAGCCAAUCAGCAUCCGCGAGACGGCGGGCGGCAUCACCCUGGCGGGGGUGACGGAGCAGGUGGUGCACUCGAGGGAGGAGGCGAUCGCGUGCCUUGAGGAUGGGCUGUUGUUUCGAGCCACUGGGGGACACAACCUGAAUGCAAGAUCCAGCCGUUCUCACGCCAUCUUCACCAUCUUUAUUGACCAGUUCCGCCCCCGCGGAGGGGGAAUGGGCGCACGGGGAGGCGGAGGGGGAAGGGGGCGCGCGGACGAGGAGCAUCUGUGCGCCAAGAUGCAUCUGGUGGACUUGGCUGGGUCGGAGCGCAUCAAGAGGACGCAUGCUGAGGGGGUCAGGAUGCAGGAAGGUGAGACGCGGGUGCAAUGGAUGGGUGUGUGGAAAGGGGGAAAGGUGUGUGGAAGGUGUGUGGAAGAGUCAAGAGGUGGAAUGGCGUCAAGAGGUGAUUUGGUGAGGUGGCAAGGGCAGGAGGACGAGGAGCAUCUGUGCGCCAAGAUGCAUCUGGUGGACCUGGCUGGGUCGGAGCGCAUCAAGAGGACGCAUGCUGAGGGCGUGCGCAUGCUGAGGGCCGCCCUCAGCAGCAAGGAUAAAGACGACCGGCGCAAGAGGGAGGGCAAGGGCGGGUGGCCGUCCGGCCCCACGCAUGUGCCGUACCGCGACAGCAAGCUGACAAGGCUGCUACAGGACUCGCUGGGCGGCAACAGCCGGACUGUUAUGAUUGCGUGUGUGAGUCCAUCAGACAGCAACAUAGACGAGACAAUAAACACACUCAAGUACGCCAACCGAGCGCGCAACAUCUGCAACAAGCCCACCGUCAACCGCCUCGGAGAAAUCGACGCGGAGGAGGUCCGCCGGCUGCGCCAGCAAAUCAGCCUGCUACAGUCCGAACUCGCCCGCGCCUCCUCCGCCGCCUCUGCCGCCCACAAUGAUGACGAGCUACAGCAGCUGCAGCAGCGUGUUGAUUGGCUGGAGUCGAGCAACGGGAAGCUGAGGCAGGGAUUAGCUGAAGCUCAGCAGGCGUUAUCGGUGCAAGAGCAAAAGGCGGCUGAUGCUGAGGGGACUUGUGUGAGGUUAAGGAGGGAAAUGGCGGCGGCGAUUACGGCGCUGGAUCAGGAACGGUCCGAGGCUGCGCUGCUCCGGCGCCGAGCCGAGGAGGGUGGUUCGGCGGGGGAGGGUGGGAGGGGAGGGGUGGAUUCGGCGGAGGUGGCGAGGCUGAGGGAGAGGGUUGCCGAAGCUGAGGCGAAGGCUCGGAGGGAGGCGGAGAGGGCGGAGGAGGUGGAGGUCCGGGCCGAGGCGGAGAGGCAGCGAGCCGACGGAGCUGAGGAGGAGGCUCGGCAGGCUGUGGUUCGGGCGGAGGAGGCCGAAGCUCUGGCUUGGGAACUGAAGGUGCAGGCAGCUGCAGCUACGGCCCGAGCCGAAUCAGACUCGGGGAACCUUGCCGAAGCUCAGGCUGGGUGGGAGAAGCAGAUGGAUUCGCUACGUGAAGCUGCUGCUGCUGAAGGGGUGAAACGGGCUGUGUUGGAAGCAAGGCUAGAGCAGAUUCAGGAGGAGUGUGAGGGGUUGAGGAGGAGGGUGGAGGAGGAGAGAGUGAGGGCGAAGAGCGCUGAAGCUGCUCUUGCAGUGGAGAGAGGGAGAGGGGAGAGGGAUGUGGAGGUGGGGCGGUUGACAGCUGAGGUUGAAGUGACUAAACUGCAAGCGGAGGUGAGUAUAUUGAAGGAGCAGGCUGCAGCAGAAGCAGGGAGAGCAGCGGAAGCAGCAGCAGCGGCAAAAGAAGCGAGGGAAGAUUUGCAGGUGUUUAGACAAGACGUGCAUGUGCUGUCGCAGCGUUUAUCCAGUGCUGAGGAUGCUCUUAAAGAGGAAGAAGCAAAGUCUAUGGAGCUUGAGUUAGAAGUGGCAAGGCUGAAGGCGGAUCUGGCUGCUGCCGAGGCUGUAACUGGUGUGGCUAAAAAGAGGGUGGACGAAGCCGAGGCUGAGGUUCGGCGGGCCCGAGCCGAAGGCGCGGAGGCUCGGGUGAGAGGGGCGGGCUCGGCGGGAUGGAGGUGGAGUGAGGAUGAGGAGGAGGAAGAGGAAGAGGAUGAGGAGGAGAGAGAGAGGGAAGGGGAGGGAGGAAGGGAAGAAGUGAGGUUGUUAUUGGGGAGUGUGGGGAAGCUUGCAAAGGAGUUGGGGAUUGAGUGGGGAGGGGGAGAGGAGGGACAAGAGGGUAUGCCUGGGGAAGAGGGGGAGGAGGCGGAGGAGGGGAGAGGGGUGCGGGGGGAUGGUGUGAGGUGUGAAGCAGGAGGGAGGAACCGGGGAGGAGUAUCGAGCCAUGGGGAUUUGGUUCGGGUGCUGGACGAGGUUCGGCGCAGGCUCGGUCUCUCAGGAGACAGUUCAGCUGGUGCAGGCUCGGCAGGCCAGGAGAAUGAAGCGAGGGGCGAAGAGAGAAUGGAGGGAGGGGAGGGAGAGGAGCAAAAGGGUGGAAAAGAGGGAAGGAAGAGCAGCAGCGGGGAGGAUGAGGAUGAGAAGGUGUGGGUGGAAGAAGUUAGGAAGGCCCUCACUGCAGCUCACGAGCAGGAUAUGAAGGAGGUCAAGAAAGAGAUAGAGGCACUGGAGAACAGAGUGGGAGAAGCUAAGAGAGACGCUGAAGACGCGCGGUUGCAGCUGGUGCAGGCUCGGAAUAGGCUGCAGGAGGCUCGGGAAGAGGCGGAGCAGGCUCGGAGGCAGUCGGAGGAGGCUCGGGGGGAGCUGGAGGAGGUUCGGGCGAAGGCUGAGUGGGGCGAGAAGGGGAGAGAGGUGCUAGAGAGGGAGGUGGAGGAGGGGAGAGAGAAGGUGAAUGAAAUGGUCAAGGAGAUGGAAAGAGUUUUGAGUGAGGUGAAAAUGGGGAAGGGGAGAGAGGAGGAGGCAGAGAGGAGGAGGGUAGAGGUGGAGAGGGAGAUGGAGAGGGUGAGAGAGCGGUUGGAAGCGGUGGAGGGAGAAAGAGAGGCACUGAGAGCGGUGGCUGAGGAGGCUGAGAGGGAGAAGGAGGAGGUGGAGAGGAGGAGGGGAGAUAUGGAGAGGAGGGAAAUGGAAAUGGAGGAGAAGGUGGAGGAAGCAGAGAGGAGGGUAGAGGGGUUGCAGAAGGAGUCAGAGGAGCAGAGGCGCGAGGUGGCAGUGAGGGAGGAGGAGAUUGAGGAGAUGAGGCAGGAGCUAAGGACAAAGGAGGAGGAGGUAGAGGAGCAGAAGCGUGAGAUAAGGGCGAAGGAGGAGGAGGUGAUGGAGAGGCAAGUAGCGGCAGAGCAGCAGGCAGCUAUGGAGGCGGAGCAAGCUGAGAAGAUGGCGGCACAACUGCAAUCCCUGCUGGGCCUGCUUGAAUCAGCCACAUUCCUGGCACUGCCAUCAGAGGAGUUACUGGGGGAGCUGUCAGCCAAGUAUCCUCAGCUGGAGCACCUGUUGCUGCUCAUGGACGCCCAAGGCAUGGCGGGAAUGCCCCUGGGUGGUGCUGCUACUGGUGGUGGUGCUGCUGCUGCUGCUGCUGGUGAUGAUGGGCCUGGCAUGGGGUCGGACAUGGGCCUGUCAGGUGCUAGUUCCCCGUCUGCAUCACCCUACCGCUACACUGUGUCUCACCUUUCCUCCUCACACACUCACUCCCCCGUCUCUGGGCCUCUAGAGGGGCCGGAGGGGGCGGAGGAGGGUGAGAAGGGCGUGGGUGGUGAGGAGGGUAGUGGUGAUGGUGAUGGGGAGAUGCAAGUAGCGCUUUUGGAUGGGCAACUGAAGGAGGAGGAGAAACUUGCUUUGGUGCCAGCAGCAGCAGCAGCAGAGGGAGAAGUGAUGCUAAGGAGUGGUGGCACUAUCGAGGAGGAGAGUGGCCAGCUCGCUAUAGUGCCAGCACCUGCAGACGAAGCGCUGUAUCUGGUUACAACCGCCAGUGGUAACCACCUUGAUGGGUCUUCGCCCACAGAGUGGGUUCCUGAAACGGCUGCAGCAGAAGAGGAUGCUGAUGAUGCUAGUGGCGGUGGGGAGGGUGGUGGUGGGGAUGGUGGGUGCUUAGAAGGCGCCCCUACUCCCACUGCGGAUGCACUGAAUAGCAUGGAUGGCGUGGGUGGCGUGGGUAACGUGGGUGUUGGGAAUGGGGAGGAGCAAGGCACUGGAGGUGCUAAGGUGCGAAGAAGCAGUAGUAGCAGCAGUGGAGGUAAGGUACCAAGGAGCAGUUCACAGCGCAGCAAGCCUCUAUUCUACAUCACCCCGGAUCACCCUGACUCACACGAUGCUGCAUCAAAGGAUGCAUCAAGAGCAGCAGAGACGGCGGCGGCAGCAGCAGCAGCAGCAGCAGCAGCAGCAGGAGGAGGAGAAGGAGAGGAGGCUGCAAGGGAUGACGAGGCAUGGGGAGCAAGUGGGGAGGGAGACAGACUGGCUAGGUUCAAUCGGGUCAAGAGCAGAGCAGGAGCUAGGGCAUCUUGCAUGAUCGCAAGCCUCGGCUUGGAGCACCUUGCUCUCCGCGCGCCGCUCUCCCCAGUGCGGGGUAACCAGUCGUUGCGACGCGUACAAACGUCGCAUAACUCGUCUGCGACGACUCUCCACUCCGUCGCUGCCAAGCUGCUGGGUGCUAAGCGCGCCGUCGUCAUCGCGUUGGACGCUAUGGCGUCUGUUCAAUCAGCAGCCUCGCUAGUGGCGUCCCCGUUUAGAAUACCAUUCGCCCCCGCUCCGUGCCGCGCAGCAGUCACUGAUAGGUCCAGAACAGGCAGCGGAGACGUAUACAGCGCGAAUGGCGCAGCGGAAGGAUCCGCGGGGGGUCCGCGGAAGCUGCGCGUGGGGGAGAUGGCGGCGGACAUGAAGCGCAUCCGCGCGCAGAUGGAGGAGGAUGAACAGGUCGCGUCGCUCAUGCGGGGAUUGCGCGGGCAGAACCUCCGCGACGAGCAGUUCGCAGAUGCUGACGUCACUAUGCGGCUCGUGGAGUUCGACACCGGGAAAGGCGGCGAGGAGGCGCUUCCGCUAGUCUACGACCCGGAUUUAAUCGCAACUUACUGGCAGAAGCGGCCCGGCGCGAUCUUCAGCCGAAUCGUGCAGCUUCUCGCUGUAUCGGGGGAUUUUUUAACGAAGGUCGCGGCGGACAUAGUCACGAAGCGGCUGAAGGAGAACGAGGUGAAACGCGCGAUGGAGUUAAGAGAAAUAGUGACGUCCUUAGGUCCGGCGUAUAUUAAGCUCGGUCAGGCGCUGAGUAUCCGGCCCGAUAUCCUGUCGCCCGCUGCAAUGGUGGAGCUACAGAAACUGUGCGAUAAAGUCCCGUCGUUUGAUAACGAUGUCGCGAUGGCUCUUAUGGAGGAUGAGCUUGGGUUGCCCCCGUCGGAGGUGUUUUCAGAACUUAGCCCUGCACCGAUUGCAGCAGCGUCACUCGGGCAGGUUUACAAGGGUAAACUCAGAUCUACUGGUGAAGCCGUGGCGGUGAAAGUUCAGCGGCCGUAUGUGCUGGAGACGGUCACGAUUGAUCUGUACAUCAUCCGACGGCUGGGACUGGCUCUCCGUGGCAUUCCCCAGAUUGCGACGGACGUAGUGGGAUUGGUUGACGAGUGGGCCGCGCGAUUUUUCGAGGAGCUGGAUUACGUCAACGAAGCUCGCAACGCGGAACUUUUCGCCGAGUCGAUGGCGAAGGACCUUCCCCAGGUCGUGGUUCCGAAGGCCUUCAUGGAGUACACCUCUCGGCGAGUGCUGGUAACUCAAUGGAUCGAAGGCGAAAAGCUUUCGCAGAGCACUGCAGACGACGUGGGUUCGCUCGUCAACGUCGGUGUUAUCUGCUACUUGAAGCAGCUACUCGACACGGGAUUAUUCCACGCCGAUCCGCAUCCCGGGAACCUAAUUCGAACACCAGACGGGAAGCUAUGCGUGCUCGAUUUCGGCCUGAUGACGCGGAUCACCGACACGCAGAAGUACGGCAUGAUCGAGGCGAUCGCGCAUCUGAUCCACCGCGAUUACCCCGCUAUCGUCGAAGAUUUCGUCCUCCUGGAUUUUAUUCCCGAGGGCGUGAAUCUGAAUCCGAUCAUGCCGGUUCUCGCGCGCGUUUUCGACCAGGCGUUGGAGGGCGGCGGCGCGAAGGGGAUUAAUUUCCAGGAGCUCGCAGCUGAUCUCGCGCAGAUCACGUUCGAGUACCCCUUCCGCAUCCCGCCGUACUUCGCGCUGAUCAUCCGCGCGAUAGGCGUCCUCGAGGGGAUCGCGUUAGUGGGCGACCCGGAGUUCGCUAUAGUCGACGCGGCUUAUCCGUACAUCGCGCAGCGGCUUCUAACGGAUCCGUCCCCGCGCCUGCGCGCCGCGCUAAGAUACACCAUCUAUGGGCGGUCCGGGGUGUUCGAUGCGGACCGCUUUAUCGAUGUUAUGGAGGCGUUCGAGACGUUCGCGGCUAAUGCCAAGUCAGGGCGGGGCGCGCAAUUCGCGGACUGGGGGGCGGACGCGGGUGGGGAAGGGGAAGUGGUGGAGGUAAUCUCUACAGAUGGUGCUACUGGUGAGGUCAAUGGAGUUGCGACUGUGACUGUUAACGGGAGUGCUUCUAACGGUGCAGGUUCAACAAGCACUGCCCUCCCUUCCUCCUCCUCCUCCCAGCCCUCCCCUCUCUUCCCUCCCUCCUUCCUCCCUUCCUCCCCUUUCGAAUCUCUCUUCCCCACCACCGCCCUCGUCUUCCCGGAAGCUUCCCUCCAGCUGUCAGAAGCUGAGCUCAGCAACACAGGCAACGCCCGGGCGGCACUGGCCUUCAUCCUCUCCCCCCGCGGCGCCUUCUUCCGAGAUUUCAUUCUCGACGAGGUGGUGAAGGGCGUGGAUGCGCUGGCGCGAGAGCAGAUCGCGUCGCUGCUGAACGUCUUAUCGAACCCCACGUCACCGAGCGCAACUGCUGUGAUUAGGAACACGCCCUUGGCGGGAGCGCUGCCGCUGCUCAUGCUGCUGCCGCCGCUACCGGGGCAGCAGCAGGUGCAGGAGCUGGUGCAUGCGGUAACCCCACGCGUUACGGACGAGGAUCGGGCGGUGCUGGAGAAUCUGAGAAAGGUUGUGGCUUUCCUCAGCCGUGGAAGUGAUAGCAGCAGUAACAGCAGCAGUGGUUAUACCACGGAGGAUGAAGCAAUGUGGGCUGUGGAUGGGAGAGUGAACCCCCAGCAGCAGUCUCAGCAAGGGCCAUUGUUGUCAGUGCUAAGGGAUCAAAUGGCUGCAGUGGCGCUGUCUCAGGAGCUGGGUUCUCUGCUUCCCAGCGUUGCUGUGCAGAUUGUUCCUGAAGUAGCGAGCCGGCUGUCGUCUCGAGUGACUGCUAGGUUUAUUCGAGAUGUGUUUCUGGAUGCUUGA